CCAAUUAAAUUUUUAUUAAAAUUUCAAUGUCACCACGAAUGGCAAAUUCGUCUUGCUAGUUUUGGUUUGCCGGUUGGUUAUUCUGGUUGAAUAUUUAUUAAAAUUCCAGUGCUUGCACGGGAGGCGAGUUCAUUAUGUCAGUUUUGGUUCGUUGUUAAGGGUUGCCAGCAUCCCAAGGGAGUGGUGGAACCGGGAAACGCAUUUGGGCUGGACAGCAGGUCAUGCAGCUCCACCAGGAGGAAGUUGCCGACUCACGACUGUACCCACGACUGUAGUGGAGACAUAAUGGGGAAUCAUCUGGCUGGUAUUGCUCCAUCACAAAUCUCACCAGUUGAGACAUACUUGUCUGAUCUUCCUGACAUCCAGUAUGAAUCAAGUUUGGGAAGCACCAGGUUCCUCAAGGUUGCCAAGUGUAAGACAUGGGAAGGUCUUGUAGUGGUGAAGGUGUUUGUUAUCCAUGACCCAACGCUACAACAUCAGCUCUUCACAUAUAAAAAGAAAAUUGAAGAUGUCUCAACAAAACUGAUAACAGCACCCAACUGUCUGCAGUUUCAGUACUUGAAGGUAACAGAGAAGGCUGGAUUGAUGAUCAGACAAUAUGUGAAGAGUAACUUGUAUGACAGACUUUCAACAAGACCCUUUCUUACUUGCAUAGAAAAGAAGUGGAUUGCUUUUCAGCUUUUGUAUGCUCUAAAGCAAGCUCAUCAGCAGGGGGUUUACCAUGGUGAUGUGAAGCUCGAAAAUGUUAUGGUAUCUUCAUGGAACUGGCUGUUGCUGGCUGACUUUGCCACCAUCAAGCCCACAACAUUACCAGAAAAUGACCCUGCAGACUUCACAUACUUUUUUGAUACAUCUCGCAGACGGACAUGUUAUCUUGCACCAGAAAGGUUCUCAGGUGCUCUCCAAACUGAGUCCCAACAUGCAGUGAUGGAUGUAAAAGAUAAAGAUGUCCUCACACCAGCUAUGGAUGUAUUCUCUGCUGGAUGUUGUCUUGCUGAAUUGUUUACAGAGGGUCAUGCUCUGUUUGAUCUGACUCAACUGUUGGCUUACCGAGUGGGAGACUACCAUCCCACCAAGGUGCUGGACAAGAUUGAUGAUCCACGAGUGAAGGCCAUGGUUGAACACAUGAUACAGAGAGAUCCCAGCACCAGGCAAAGCAUAAAUCAGUAUCUGGAUCAGGAACGAGGACUUGCAUUUCCUGAGCACUUCUACUCCUUUUUGUGGCCUUUCCUGAAGCAGUUUGCAGUAACACCCAUUAUGCCACAUGAUGACAAGAUAAAACAAAUCAAGAAUAGCUUAGGUGACAUACUUGUAGCUCUGGGAGCAGAAGAUAAAGAUUUUAUCAAUGAAGAGGCUACAGAUGAAGAGAAAAAAGAUAAAGAAAAACCAGACAGGAAAUGUGAAGCACUUAUUAUUAUAUCAUCUCUGAUCAGUUCAUCUCUAAGGGCCUUGCACUUCACAUCUUCAAAGUUGGAUGCACUAGAAUUGCUUGGAAAAUUAUCAGAAUAUGUACCAGAUGAAAUAAUUUUGGAUCGAAUUUUGCCAUAUAUAUUCCACCUCUUGCAUGAUGAUGAACCUCGAGUGCGGGUAUAUUCUAUCCACACACUCACUCACUGCCUCACCCUCGUGUCUAGUGUGCCAAGAUCUGAUGCAAAUAUUUUUCCAGAGUACAUCCUCCCAAGCCUUGCUGAUAUUAUACAAGAUGAGGCCAUCAUUGUGCGGCAAGCUUAUGCAGAAAAUAUUGCUACUAUAGCUGAAACAGCACUAAGAUUUUUGGAGUACAGUCAGUUACAAGGAAUGAUGACAUCAUAUAGCUAUGAAACAGAGUUGGCAACUCUACAAGAGGUCAUCCAGCAAAAGGUAGCUACAAUGUUCUCAGAUCCAUCAAAUGUAGUGAAGCGGACUCUCAUGGAAAAGACUGUCACAAAACUGUGUGUAUUCUUUGGCAAGCAGAAAGCUAAUGAUGUGCUUCUGUCUCAUAUGAUAACCUUCUUAAAUGACAAACAUGAUCGUCAUCUGCGACUGUCAUUUUUCACCAGCAUUGUUGGAGUAGCAGCAUACAUAGGCUGUCACUGUGCUGAUAUUCUUAAGCCUUUAUUAUUGCAGGGACUGAGUGAUGCUGAAGAAUCUGUGGUUGUAGCAGCUAUUGAGGCCAUGACAUCAUUGACAGAGUUGGGUCUUUUCCCCACCCACCUGCAGUGUGAUCUCCUCACUCACACAUCUCCCCUUCUUAUACACCCCAACCUUUGGAUACGCCAGUCUGUGGUUGGCCUGGUGAGUGUCAUAGCUGGCUUGCUACCCUUGGUCAAUGUUCAGACUGCCAUUGUUGCCAGAGUUCAACCAUUCCUGGUGAAGCCUCUCCUGCAGCUAAACAGAGAAGUUUGUAUAUUGUCGUGCUUGCGUCCUCCUAUCUCACGAGAGGUGUUUGAUGCCCUGGUGAAGAGUGCUGAUGUUGGACAGGCUCUCUCACUCCUUCAGGAUGCUCAGCAGCAGAAGAUUCCUUUAGCCACAUUGCCCUCAAGCCUCUCACAUAUUGAUCAUCCCACCAGAAAUCUGUUGAGACGCUUGGUUGGAGGUGGACUGACUGAAGAGAAUAUUGAGCAGCUGAUCAAGAUGCAAGAUCAUCUAACUCGACUCCAGCGACAGAAAAAAGCAACAGAAGCCAUCCGUAGCAGCUCGCAACAGCAGCAGCAACAACUUGGCUUGAUCAGUAUCAGUGAAAAGCUGAUACCUACACACCAUUAUCACCUUUUGCCCGAAGAUGGUAGAAUUGAUGGCUCAACUCUACAUUUGUCACACAAAGGGUUAAUCCAGUCUCCCAGUCUGGCAAUGAAUGAAGAGUGGCAGGCCAUGUUUGGCACCACAGAGGACUGUGGCUCCCCUGGCAGAGCAGCAGAGAACAGAUCUAUAUCUCCUGUGGACUCUGAGACAGGACACAGUGCACCAGCCACUGUUCUAAGCUCAAAAUCGUCAUCUGAAGGGGAUAAGAAGGGAAAGAUAAAAUGUGUAUCUAGUUGUAAAAAGGAGCUGGAAAGUCUGGUAGCCAUAAAGUGUGAGGAGCAUCUUGAGUGUGUCAGGAAAAGGAGGGCUCUGGACACCCUGGCUUGGGACACAAGGUUGCCACCCCCUGACUGGCGACCAAGGGGGCACCUAAUGGCACAUCUCCAUGAACACCAUGGCUCUGUCAACCGGCUUGUGCCCAUUGGUGACUCAUCAAUUUAUGCCAGCUGCUCCAGUGAUGGAACCGUCAAAGUGUGGGACUGCUACCGGAUUGAGAGAAAGUUUUCAAUCAACAGAUCCAAAUUUACAUACAGUCGUCAAGGAGGAUCCAUAUUAGCCAUCACUCCUUGCAUCACAACACAGAGUAUUGCUUCUGCUUCAACUAAUGGAUCUAUACAUGUUGUAAGACUGGACAAAAUGACUUUGGCAAAUAGUUGCCAGCUAGAUGCAGAGAAAGAUGGAUAUGUUGUGGAUAUGCACUUCUUUGAUACAGGAUCUCAGUCAGUAUUAACAUAUGCAACUGUAUAUGGCACAAUUGUUGGCUGGGAUUUGCGAGCCCCUGAAGUUGCCUGGAAGCUGGAGAAUGGCCCCAGGAAAGGUGUCAUUACUUCUUAUGCCUUGGAAGGAACUCAGAGUUGGUUGGUGGCUGGAACCAGCAGUGGACAUCAUGUGUGUUGGGACCUUAGAUUCAUGCUUCCAAUCUCCACAAUCACCCAUCCAAGAGGUGCUGCUGUGCGUCGGGUUAAUAUGCAUCCAAAAGAAGGCUCCUGGGUAGUGUCUGCAAUCAAUGGCAACAAUGAAAUCUCUAUGUGGGAUAUGGAGACCCAAUCCAGGCACAUGACUUUGUGGGCUAGUCCUAAGCCUCCUCUCUGCAUGACUCAGCCCUUUAACAACAGUGUGUUGGGGAUGUAUGUCGGCCAAGGAGACAGAGGAGCUUAUGUCCUGGCUGGUGGUACAGAUUCUAUACUGCGUUAUUGGGACUUGUGCGACCCUAAGUCUUCCUACAUAGUAUGCCAUGGAGCCAAUGACAGCCCAGGAACCUGCUCUUACAGUUCACGAGUUGUAGAUGGGACUGAAGUUAUUGUGGAAAGUACCUCUAAGCCACGGACCAACCCUAGUGCAGGGGAUGACAUGCCCAGAAGAGGACCAGACCAGCCUCCUCCUGGACACAAGGACAUCAUAUCAGAUGUCAUUGUAAUGAAUGAUCCCCAGCGACUUGUUAUCACCUCAGCUCGAGAUGGAACCAUAAAAAUGUGGAAGUAAGCAGAGGUAUGCAAUAUUUGUGCAUUACAAUAUGAACUCUAAAAAUAUUAUCUACACAUCAGAAAGUGGAAUAUUUAAUAAACUUUAUUACUAAAUGUUUUUAGUACCUUAUAUUUUCUUAAGGUGUGAGUUUGAUGGGCCAGUAUAUAUGUAUAUGUUUAUGCUAAUACAGAUAAUUUUUUUGGAUUAAAAAGCAAGCUGCACUUAGCAGUGGAACUAAAUGAAUUUAACUAGUGCAGCAGAAUUUGUAAAAUUUAUAUUAAGUAAGGAGGAUUUAUUUAAUUUCAUUCUGAGUACUUAAAUAAUAAAAAGCAGUCAUUUCUUUGUGAUAUUACUAUUGAUUAAUUGUGUGUGUGAGAGAGCAUGUGUGUGUAUAUACAGUACAGCAUCCCUAAGGGCAGAAUUAAGUAAAAUAAAAAAAAUUAGAAAAUCUUUUGAUAUCAGAGAAAAACUUUGUUCAUUCAUGUUAACAACUCAGAUAAAAGGAAUGAGUGGUGUGGUGUGUUGUGGUGUGAGUCAUGAGUGUUUGGGUCAUUGGCCAUGGCUUCUUGAUGACCCAGCAUCAGAAUAUUCAAGGGUUAAUAUACAAGAAUUUGCAGUUGUCUUCUGAAAGAUAUAUUAGCAUAUGGUUAAUUUUUUUUUUUUUUUUUACCUUUAAUUCUUUAAAUACACACAAUUUUGUGUUCUGUUUUAAAUUUCAUAGAAUAGAUGAAUUCUUUACAGGACAUCAUGACAGGACAUGAAUGCUUCCACUUUGUUCUGCAAGCAUCACUUAUCUUUUAUGUCUGGCUUCUAUGUGCAACUUGUCACCACACACAGUACAUAUAGAAUUAUUCUUCCUGCAUUCUAUUAGCACACUGUUCUGCAUUAUUUCUUGAUACUUGCUUUUUCUUUUUAUUUUGUUUUAUUUAUUUUUAAACCUCUGCAUUCCAUACCCUUGCUCCAUCUCCUAAAUGUCUUUGUAAGUUGUUCAAAUCUGGAUCAACUUGAAGUUGUAAUUUCUUUAAAACACCUUGGAUAUCUGAUUCUUGCUAGUUAUAGUAGUUAUUGUUCUUUGCAUGAGUAUGUAUGUAGUAUAUGUGUAGCCCACACUAAUAACUUAACACCUUUCAGUUUUUAUAACCUGAAGGAUUCUGGUUUCCAGGAAUUAGAAACAAAUUAGCACAAAAAUCAUGAGAUUUCAUUUGCUCUUUUAGCUCCUUUUAAAGUCAGGGUUUAGUCUUUGGUUAACUUUACAAAUCCUUUUCCUGUUUAGAAUGUGUGAAAGAUUAAUUGUUAUAUACUUUAUGUAAGCCUCUUUUAUUUUAUUUGUUUAUCUUUUUUAUUUGUUAUUUGUUAAAGUGUUGCAUAUUCACAAGGUACUGCAAAUUUUAUUCCAAUAUUAAUAUAAGUUUGUAUAUUCACUAGUUGAAGAAUGAUUUUUAUCACUAUGCCAUCUGAUUUUUUUCAUCGUAAUUAUUUACCUUGUUUCAUUUUUUUGUUUUUAUAAAGUAGUAAUGUGGUUUCAUCAUAAUUAUUGCAGUGGUACAUUUCUGUUUUAUAUCUUAAGUAUUUUUAUUUUUUUUGCAUGUUAUGGUUUUUAACACACACACACACACACACACACACACACACACACACACACACACACACACACAUACACACACAUGUGCAUAUAUGCCAUGCAUAUAUGCACAUGCACAUGCGUGCUAAUAGGAACAGGACCACAUGUGUGUAGAGCUCCUGUAUACUACAACCUGGUAAAUACAAGGAGAGAGAGAGAGAGAGAGAGAGAGAGAGAGAGAGAGAGAGAGAGAGAGAGAGAGAGAGAGAGAGAGAGAGAGAGAGAGAGAGAGAGAAGCCGAUGUGCUUAUUACUCAUGUACCUCCUCCUUUCUUUUCUAGGAGUGAUAGUCAGGUGUGGGCAAGAUGGAGGAUGGCAGGUUUCAUGGUUAACUAUCAUUGUGUAGUGCAACUUGUAGGCUGGUGACAUAGGAACCAAACAGGAAAAUGAGGAUAUGAUUGCAAUUUUUUUGCAUGGUAUUUAUCAUUAAACUCAAAAUUUUGUCAUGGCUUUUUUCAUUGUUUAGGUAAAAGAAUAAUGAUAUGAAUGUGUCAUCUGGAGAAGGAGGCUGUUAAAUUAGUUAUUUAAUUUAUGCCUUUUUCAUACCAUUAGAUAUUUGGAAAUAAAGAUUUAUUUAUGCAUUGAAAAAGUAAUAAUAAGAAAAAUAUAUACUAAAAUAUAUGUAAUUUCCAGAAGGCUAUAUAUCUUGUCUCACUGUGCAUGAAUAGUGUCUGUUCUGAAAGUAUCUAAUAAGAAAUGGCUUACUUUUUGUGCUCUAACUGUAAUGCCAUGCAGUGUGCCACUUGUGUCUCUAUACACAGGUUGUUAAGUGCUGAAGGACUGGUGGUGGUAGUUAUUUUUAUCCUCCUAGGACUGCCCGUCCAGUGCUAAAUGUCAAAAAUAUCCUGUAUUUACACACACCUUAAACCUGGCCUGCACUGGAAGAGUGAAUGAAAUAGACUUUGCACUCACCAUGAAUUCUUCCUCUUUCUAAUGAAAUCAUCCAGAAGUCUCUAUGUGCUGUGGUUAUGGAGAGAUGGUGAGUUGAAGAGGAGAAACUUUCAGAGGGAGCAAGUCACUUGCUGGCCAUGCAUCUGUUUAGCCUGACAUGAAAUAGCUAUUGCCUAAUGAAAACAGAUGGCCUGAGUUCUCUUCUGCAUGCUAAACAGUUUUGUUGAGUUCCUGGCCUAUUGCACUCUCGCUAAGACAUGUAGCAAGUGGUUGAGUGUAAGCCGGUAAUACACAUGUUAUUGAGAUGUGGGGGCGGCAGGGAGCAGGCAAGGAAUCAGACUCAUCAGAAUCACUCUCACUGCUUGUGGCCACAGUGAGAGAGGGGCAGAGACUGAGAGAUUGGCCUAACUAGUUCACAGGAAGUAUUAAAAAUGAUUGAACUACAAAAAGUAUUUAAAUUUGCAUCAGAAUUGCAAAAUGGUUAUAAAUGCCUUUGUUCCUCACCUGGGAAAGCAGCUAUAGCUGGCUCUGGCCCUUUAGAGAUUAAUCCUUCAAUGGGAGUUCUGUUCUGGAAUGACUAACAGUUGCACUUUCUGCAUGAUAUUAUCAUGAGUCUUAAAUUGAAAUCUUUUCACUUUUAUUUUCUGUUCAGGGAACAACCAGAUAUCACACAGAGCCAUUUACAGAGAGUAGGGAGCCUGCCAACUUGAGGAAUUAAAUGCUCAUCCAAGAAAUCCUGGAUCAGAUGCAAAGAAUAGGGCAGGACUUUGUCAUGAUAGAGCUGUUAAUUGCUUGAUGGCCAUAUUCCUCUUGCUGAAUUACAUUUUUUGUUUCUGAUCUAGGAUUUCAUGGCAAAGCACCAAAUUCCUCAGAGUUGUCAGGCUCCCUACUCUUCAGACAUGUCUCAUUAUGAUGUUUAGGUGUUAUCUAUGCUGAAAAUGCACUAAAAUUAAGGUUGUGAUUUGAGAAGUGAAGAGACAUCAAAGAAUGUGACUGCAUCUGGUAGCCAGUUAAGAACAAAAUUAGUAGAAAUGUUGCCAGAAAAGCAGUGUUAGGACUGUAAAGUUACAAAGGACACACUCUGAAGUGCAUUAAAGUAAGAACCUUAAAAGUAAACCAUUUUUUUUUUUUUUUACUUUUGGCUGAAAGUCAGAUACUUUUUGAGCAUAUCUCGUAAAACCUACUGGCUGUUAUUUUUGGGACUGUUUUUGAAGAUUUUGUAAAAUCUAGUAAACAUUAUUAUGAAUUGGUUCAAUGUUCUUAUAUGUUGUCCUCCAAAUUUAGGAUCAGGAAUUAUGGUUAGUCAGAUUGAGCUUUAAAAGACAAAUUAGCAUACUCCAUCAUGUUUGGUUUUCUUGGUGCCUUGUAAAUAUCAUAGAAAUGUAGUGAAAUAGCAGUAAAUCAGUUAGUUAUGGAGAAUAGUCAGGUAUCAGAUACUUUAUGAUAAUGUGUGACUUAAAUGGAGAUCUCCAUUCUUUGUUCGUUGUUAUUUGGGAAUGAGGAUACCAGUGGGGUCUUAAAUGAAUGGAAUAAAAACAUGGCAUUUUGCUGCUGAAUCAUCUGUAUAUACUUGUUGAUCAUUAUAAUAUUCUUUUGUUGGCAACUGAAAAGUUUCAACUUCCAUUCCAAGGAUGAACAUAUGUUGAUUGCUGAAAGUGUACAAUGCAUGGUAAUAUAAUUUUUUAAUUAUUUUUUAGCAGUAAUAUAUAGUGAGGGCUUUUGGGAUGCAAAUGAAAAGUAUGCAGAAAUGAUUUUAAAAAGAGAGCAAAAAAAUUAUGCAUGCAUGAAUAAAAUCACUACAAGUUUAAUAUGAAAAAAGUAUUUCUGCCUCCCUAUAGGAAUUAAAGUGCUGUCAAGUCUCUCAAGUCAAAAUGCAAACUUGAAGAAAUAAGAAUAUUUACAAAGGGACUUUGUAAAUAUUGUUCAGUUAAGUUUACAAUUUAAACUUUUCCAUGUGUCUUAAGAUUCAUGACAUUUGUAAUGUGCAGUGUUGAACAGUAACUGAUGACUAUGUUGUCAAUGAUCUGAUGUGCAUUGUGCAGAGUGUGUUAUCAUCUUCAUAAAAGCUCUAACAUGCUUUAUUUAUGUAUGUAUUUUCUAAGUUAUAGAUAAUUUUCUAUUCAUACAAUAUUAUUUGAAAUACUUCACAAGGGGGAAUGGAUUACAGUUAUUUUAUUUAUUCAUUUAUUUGUUUAUUAUUUUAUUACUAAAAGUAUUUUACCUUGAGUGGUGGUCUCAGGUCAAUUACUUGAAGUUUAUGCAUUUAUAUGUAGGUGUGCUUCAAGAUUCUAGUACUUUUGGUAAUUCUGUGAUGUUGUGCACACACACACACACACACACACACACACACACACACACACACACACACACACACACACACACACACACACACACACACACACACACACACACACACACA